AUGAAGCCAUUCAAGAUGGCCGGAGCACCAUCGUCGCUCGCUGAAGCUGGGGAGCGGCCUGUGUACUCAAUGGUCAACUUGAACAUGAUUGACAUGGGAAGCCCCAUCUAUGGCGAUGUGUCUGCCAUCUUUGCAAGCAAAUACAUCGCCAAAAGCACGCUGGUAUCUCCAAUCGACACGGGUUUGUAUGAAAUGGGCUGCCUUGAUCAUGAAUCCUUCGCCUGGGCGCCUCCGCACAACUGCAGUGCUAUAACGGCCUUCAAGCAAUUGGGCACUCUCCAGUACUUCAAGCAUCUUUUCCUGGCCAACAAGGACUUCUGGAACAACUUGGGAGUCCUAAGCACUGCCUUCCCGAGGCUGGAGAGCCCAUGGGGUGCUCAUCCUGUUCGCGGCGGCUCCUUCCUGAACUACCUGGAGGGGGCUCUCAUAGGUCAGCUAGAAUACCCCGCGGCAAUUCGCUUUCUCAUUGGCGCCUUCCCUGCGCUCUUCGGAACGGAUUUGGGGACCAGAUUGCAGAGUUGGGCAAGGAGCCGUGGUUGGGUCUUGGUUUGGGCGCUUGGCCCAAAUGACAAGGCCAUCGUGGAACAGACUCAGGGCUUUGAUUUCGAGUUGUUGACAGGGCGCACGGACUUCAAAGUGAACCAGCGCAUCAUCGACCCUCUAGUCCUGGCUCAGACCUCUGCAUCUGCAAGCUUGCCCUUGGACCGUGAUGUUCCCGACAAGUUCAAGCAGAUGUGGGCAGAGGUCGCGGCGGUGCGAAGCCAUAAGCAUCUCACCAACAGCACGAUUGCACGGAAGUGGCAAGAGACCGCCACUCUUCUUCCACAGCUUCGAGUUCGUCCAUUGAUGGGCGGGGACUGCGAAGCGCAGUUGCUGAACUCAGAGUGCGUCGGGGUCACCUUCAAGGGCAGCUGCGUAUGCUACUCCAGUGCGGAGGUGACCAGCUCUGAGGGAGUCGUCGUGGUGUGA